AUGGCGCCCGAGCUGCUCCAGGACCCGCCCCAGUACACAUCUAAGUCUGAUGUUUAUGCUCUAGGGAUGGUCAUGUGGGAGAUGGCCGCCGGAUGCACGCAGCCGUACCAAGGACACGAUCCAGAUAGCAUAACACAGUGCAUUAGGAACGGCUAUACCGAAGAUAUCCCAGAGGACACACCCGAGGAGUAUGCAGCCUGCAUCCAUGAGUGCUGGAAGCAGGAACCGGAGAAGAGACCGGCAGCAGAGGAUGCGCUACCGGAUAUGCAUGACACACCUCAGGACAACGAUGUCGACGUUAUUCGGAUUCCGGAGGAGGAUCAGCACGAGAGUCUGCGGUAUCUGAUGAAGGGUGUCAGAGAGGGCUCUCCGAAUGCAUACUACCAACUGGGAUUGAUAUAUUUGUAUGGCAAAAUUGUGUCCCAAGACGAUACAAAGGCCGCAAAAUACUUUCUGACGGCUGGUGAGCUGGGGAAUGAGAAGGCUCAGUGCGAUCUCGGCCACAUGUACAACGAGGGGCGCGGCGUAAAGCAGGAUUAUGCCAAAGCUAUGGAGUGGUACCUCAAGGCAAGCAAAGCUGGAGUCGUAGGCGCCAAAUAUAAGAUCGGCCACAUGUACCAGUGCGGCCUCGGCGUGGACAAAGACUAUACCAAGGCUAUGGAGUGGUAUGUAAAGGUAAGCGACGCAGGAGAUCUAGACGCCAACUUCAGUAUCGGAUACAUGUACCAUCAUGGUCUUGGUGUGAAGCAGGACUUUUGUAAGGCGAUGGAUUGGUAUCUCAAGUCAGGCGGUGGCGGAUCGACAGAUGCCAAGUUAAACAUCGGUUACAUGUACUAUGAGGGUAUCGGCAUGGAACCGGACUAUCCCAAGUCAGCGGAGUGGUUUCUCAAGGCGAAAGAAAGUGGGAGCAUCCAGGCCCUAUACUGCCUCGGUGACAUGUACGCCAACGGACUAGGAGUGGAGAAAGACUUACUGAUGGCCGUCGAGUGCUAUCAGAAGGCAUGCCAGGAAGACGAGAGCACCAACGAUGUGGGACUGGACGACGACGACAAACAAGCUCAACUGAGGGCUAUGGAGUGGUUUCAAAAGACAUCUGCAGACGGAUUUCUCCCAGCAUAUCAUCUACUGGCAGAAGCAUACUUCAAUGGAUUUGUGGUCAGCAAGGACGGCUCCGAGGCAGAGAAAUGGGCCUGCAAAGCGGUCGAGGAAGCAGAGAAAUGGGCAAAGACAAAAGCAGGGAAGGAGUUCCGCGAGACGGGAGGCACCAACGCAUUCGAAAGCGCGGUCGAAUGCUGCAAGAAGAUUCUAAGGGAUGUAGACAGGCAAAAAAGGAUUGAAGAAUAG